AUGGCUAUAAACAUUAACAUUAAGGAGGUGGAUCUUGAAAUGACAGAAGAAUUGUUCAAGUCAGCUCAGUUGAGUAUUGAGAUAAAAUCAAGUGAUUCAAGAGAAAAAAGCAUGGAAACAAUGACUUUUGAGAAUAAAAAUGCUUUUUGUGGAAGGAAGUCAAGACUAAAAUCUAGUCAAUCUGGAUGA